UUCAACCAAUUCCAUCUCCAAAAUCUCCGCAUUUGUUGGUGAAGAGGGACCUGCUUGGAGCAGUGUUCAGAAGGGCUCAAGCUUGGAGCAGUGCCCGGAGCCAUGGCGGGACUUGGAAUCCCAGUAAAGCUCCUGCAUGAAGGCAUUGGCCACACGGUGACUUGUGAGUUGAAGACCGGCGAGAUGUAUCGUGGUCACUUGAUGAACUGUGAGGACAACAUGAAUGCAAUGUUGGAGGGUGUCACAGUGACUGGUCGAGAUGGCAAGGUCACCAACCUGGAGCAAGUCUAUUUGAGGGGCUCGCAGAUUCGAUACUUCAUUCUGCCAGAUAUGCUCCGGCAUGCGCCCAUGUUCAAGAAGAAGGGCCGUGGUGCUGGCCGUGGUGUUUAUGGACCCGGUGGCAAGGGCCGUGGCAAAGGCUUGGCACAGCGGGCACGAACUGCAGCGGCUGCUACCCGCAAGUGAGGAAGUGUCAUUCCUGGUUUAAGCCUGCAAGACUGCUGAUCAAAGGAGGAAACGGUACUUUGCAAGAUUGGCAACGUGGAGACAUAUCUGAAAUGGACAUUUCUCU